UGCGGCUGCGGGCAGUCGCCCGGCGGGCGGGCGGCCGGCCAUGGAGCGCCCGGGGCCCAGUGAAGUGACAGGUUCGGACGCGUCGGGGCCGGAUCCGCAGCUGGCGGUCACCAUGGGCUUCACCGGGUUCGGAAAAAAAGCUCGCACAUUUGAUUUGGAAGCAAUGUUUGAACAAACACGAAGGACGGCUGUGGAAAGAAGUCGGAAAACACUGGAAGCAAGAGAAAAAGAAGAGGAAAUGAACAGAGAGAAAGAAUUAAGAAGGCAAAAUGAAGAUAUUGAACCAACAUCUUCAGGCGCACAUGUAGUCAGAGACUGCUCUAAAUCAUCAUCCAGGGAUACAAGCAGCAGUGAGAGUGAAGAGAGUUCUGGUUCUUCUGAUGAUGAGUUAAUUGGCCCUCCUUUACCUCUUAAAAUGAUGGAAGAACCAAGUAAUCAUAUCGAGGAAGAUAUCCUCGGUCCUUUACCUCCACCUCUUUAUGAAGAAGUAGAAGAAGAUGAUGAUGAUGAUGGUGAUUCAGAGGAGGAGGAGAAAAUCUUUCUUCCAUAGUAUGUGGUGGUUGAUAUCUUUAGAUGUGCUACUGUUAGUUGCUUUUGGGAAAGACAUGAGAGAGAUGAAUCCUGUCCAAAAGAUCCCUGACUCGCAUGAAAUAACUCUGAAGCAUGGCACUAAAACAGUUUCUGCUUUGGGUUUGGAUCCCUCAGGUGCCCGUUUGGUGACUGGAGGGUAUGACUAUGAUGUUAAAUUUUGGGAUUUUGCUGGAAUGGAUGCUUCUUUUAAGGCAUUUCGAUCUCUUCAGCCCUGUGAAUGCCAUCAGAUCAAGUCAUUGCAGUAUAGUAACACAGGAGACAUGAUUCUUGUUGUAUCUGGAAGCUCUCAGGCCAAAGUGAUUGACAGAGAUGGUUUUGAAGUAAUGGAAUGUAUAAAGGGAGACCAGUAUAUUGUGGACAUGGCAAACACCAAGGGUCAUACAGCAAUGCUUCAUACUGGUUCAUGGCAUCCCAAAAUAAAGGGAGAAUUUAUGACUUGCUCAAAUGAUGCGACUGUGAGGACAUGGGAAGUUGAAAAUCCAAGGAAGCAAAGAAGUGUGUUUAAACCACGGACGAUGCAGGGUAAAAAAGUAAUUCCCACCACGUGCACAUAUAGUAGAGAUGGAAAUCUCAUAGCAGCUGCCUGCCAGAAUGGAAGCAUACAGAUCUGGGACCGAAAUAUGACUGUUCAUCCUAAAUUUCACUAUAAACAGGCCCAUGACCCAGGCACAGACACUUCUUGUGUGGCUUUUUCCUAUGAUGGCAAUGUCCUGGCAUCUCGUGGAGGUGAUGAUACAUUGAAAUUAUGGGACAUCCGACAGUUUAAUAAGCCACUUUUUUCAGCCUCGGGUCUUCCUACCAUGUUCCCAAUGACUGAUUGCUGUUUCAGUCCAGAUGAUAAACUCAUAGUCACCGGGACAUCUGUUCAGAGGGGAUGUGGCAGCGGCAAACUUGUUUUCUUUGAGCGCAGGACUUUCCAAAGGGUGUAUGAAAUAGACAUCACGGAUGCGAGUGUAGUCCGCUGCCUGUGGCAUCCAAAGCUGAACCAAAUCAUGGUAGGAACUGGAAAUGGAUUGGCUAAAGUCUAUUAUGACCCCAACAAGAGCCAGAGGGGAGCAAAAUUAUGUGUGGUUAAAACCCAGCGGAAGGCGAAACAAGCUGAGACUCUAACCCAGGACUACAUCAUCACCCCUCAUGCCUUGCCUAUGUUCCGUGAGCCCCGCCAGCGGAGUACAAGGAAACAGCUGGAGAAGGACAGACUGGAUCCCCUGAAGUCUCAUAAACCCGAACCUCCUGUAGCAGGCCCAGGUCGUGGGGGCCGGGUUGGAACCCAUGGAGGCACUCUGUCAUCAUACAUUGUGAAGAACAUUGCUUUGGACAAAACUGAUGACAGUAAUCCCCGGGAAGCCAUUCUGCGGCAUGCUAAAGCAGCUGAAGACAACCCAUAUUGGGUUUCUCCAGCAUAUUCUAAGACUCAGCCCAAAACCAUGUUUGCCCAAGUUGAAUCUGACGAUGAGGAAGCAAAGAAUGAGCCAGAAUGGAAAAAGCGUAAAAUUUGAAGACUCUCACAUGAGUGCUGUUUGCAUGAGGGGAAGUGAUAUCGGACAGUUUUGGACAGUUUUGUUUUGUUUUUUUAAUGAAAUAAAAAAUACAUUUUUAUGAAAA